CCCAGUCUGUAGUAAAGCACUAUUUAAAUGGGAAAGAGCAAUCGUCAGUUACCAGCCCGCGUGCGUUCAACAUUCUCGCAGAUCAGCUCCGCUCAUCCAGUAAGUCUGCAGGUACCGGAGUUCCCUGGAAUUUGGAUCGUUCCUCAAUGAGUAAAAUCGUCACCAAAAGAAGAAAAGCCACUCCUGGAAUUGCAAACUAACUUUAGGAUUGUUGCCCAAAUAGGUGGGCGGAGGAGAUUUAUAUCUUUUUUUCUCUGUUGGGAUAUUUUCGCUCUUCACCCAAUGAAUGCAAGGGACUCCUCCAUUCCGUGGGCCAGCUCAGAGUCACGUUCUGAUUAAAGCUUGGAUUUAGCUACUGGGACAAAUGCAUACAAAUGUAUUUAGCGACUCGAAGGAGAGACUGCAGACGCUCUACACUCGCAAAAAAGAGAGCCCUAAUCCUCUGUGCUGUAUUGUACUGUACUUGUUGCCUGGGACUUGGACAAGUACUGCCUGAAGAUGUGGACAUUCUCCAAAGGCUGGGCCUUACUGGGAAAAAAGCACAAUCACAGUCAUCAUCAUCUUCUGUAACGUCCCACUCUGUUCCUCAGGGGGUCAUUCCUUUUAAAUCAGGCGUUAUUCUCACCCAAAGAGCACGCAUCAAAACACCAGUUGCAGCACUCAUUCCUGCCUCAUAUGGCACUAACCUUGCCAUAGUUUUGAGCUUAUGCUCACAUCGUAUCAACAAUGCUUUUUUAUUUUCUGUUAGAAAUAAGAAGAAAAAACUACAGCUUGGUGUUCAAUUUAUACCAGGUAAAAUCAUUGUGUACGUAGGACACAAACAGUCUGUAUAUUUUGAUUAUGACGUUCAUGAUGGCCAGUGGCACCACAUGGCGAUCAACAUCAGGAGCCGAAAGGUUACUCUAUAUACUUCUUGUGGGAAGAAUCGUACAAAUGCAAAUUUGCAUUUCAAAAAGGAAGAUUCUUUAGAUCCUGAUGGUUCCUUUCUUUUGGGAAAAAUGAACCAAAACUCAGUUCAAUUUGAAGGAGCCAUUUGUCAAUUUGAUAUUUAUCCCUCUGCAAAAGCAGCACAUAAUUAUUGCAAAUAUAUUAAAAAACAGUGUAGGCAGGCAGACAUCUACCGACCGAACCUUCUCCCACUGCUUCCUGUUUUACCACAAUUUCCUAAUUCAUCUGUUAUCACCUCUUCUCCAUUAAUGCUGCAUAAAAAGACUGGAAAGGAUGACAACUGUACAGAGAAGUCAGCUUUGAUGGGCAUGGCUCAAACGAUGCCGAACAUCAAGAUCCAGACUAAUAAACGUGCAUCUUUCAAAACCACGACCCAGCCUGCUCUGUUGUCAACACAACGCUGGAACACUGCUUCUCCCCAUCGACAGAUGGCAACAACAACACUACUCCCAAGCACUGAACUUCUCCAGCUCCCUCCACGUAUCAAAUCUCCAACUACAGCCCCUGCUAUGAUGCUAUCUCACACAGCUCAUGACAAAUCAACCAAAACAAAUAAUGAAAGGUUAACAAAGCAGCAAGGACCAAAAUCUUCUGAUAUUACGACAGAGCCAGAUAUGAAAAAGAAAGCUAAAGUAACUGUAAAUGUGACAACAAAUCCAACAUCAACAAAGCCAGUGAAAAAGAAACCAGAAUACCAAUCCACCGAGAAUCAUUUUGAGACCCAGAAAUCCUCAACAGUACUUGUGGAAAGACAGGAUGAACAACCACAAAGGCAUAACAAGCAGCCUUCAGAAAAGAACACUGAGCAAAAAUCAACAACUCAAUAUGACUCUAGGGGUACCUACACUGUCAUGACUGUAACACCUGCUGCCACAGAUGGACACCAAACCUUUGGGAUGGAAAGUUAUACCGUUGACCCACUUUUUCAAGAACAACUAAGUAUAAAAGGCGACCCUGGACCAAAGGGUCCUCGAGGCCCUCCAGGCCUACCUGGUCAACCUGGAAAAAGAGGACCUCGGGGACAUCAAGGACCCCAUGGAAAUCCUGGCCGACCUGGUCCCAUUGGUGGGAAGGGCCAUAAAGGUGAACCUGGCAUCUCUCCAGGAAAAGCACUCAAUGGACACAAGGGUGACCGGGGCCGUCCUGGUGCCCUGGGACUGCAAGGGCCAAAAGGCCGAAAGGGACUGAGGGGUUACCCUGGAUCACCUGGCCAUCCCGGAGAACCAGGGGAACGUGGACCAGAUGGAAGCCGAGGUGCCAAAGGUUAUCCUGGCAGGCAGGGUUUACCAGGACCAGUAGGAAAACGUGGACCUAAAGGAAUAAGGGGCUUCAUAGGCCCACCAGGUUUAAUGGGGCUUUCGGGGGCAAAUGGAAAGCAAGGCAUGCCAGGAGAACCAGGGAAGAGGGGCAAGAUGGGUAGGCCGGGAUUUCCAGGACAUUUUGGGGAGAGAGGAACACCAGGCUUAGAUGGAAGUCCAGGAGAAUUGGGAGCCCCAGGCCCUGCUGGCGUUCGCGGAUUGGUUGGUGAUGUCGGGACACUUGGGAAGAUGGGCAGGCCUGGGCCACACGGACCUAAGGGACUGAUGGGAAACGCUGGAGAACCAGGACUGAAAGGUGAUAAGGGUGACGAGGGCAUUCCAGGAAUACCAGGAGAACCGGGUUUCCCUGGUGAUAAGGGUAAUCCAGGAUUACAGGGUUUGCCUGGAAUGAGGGGGAAAAUUGGAAUAUCUGGAAUAAUUGGUGAUAACGGUCCAGUUGGAAUACCAGGACCCCCUGGCCUUGAGGGUUUUCCAGGAGAUAUUGGACCACCAGGGCAAAAUGGUCCAGAAGGCCAAAAGGGGAAACCUGGAGCACGAGGUCUACCUGGACCACAGGGCAUGGGUGGCCGAGAGGGGGAUGAAGGACCAAGUGGACCUUUGGGAGAUCCAGGCCCUGAGGGACGUCCUGGGAGGAGAGGAUUUCCAGGCAAACCAGGACCUGAUGGUCCUAAGGGUGAACCUGGCGAUCUUGGAAAAGUGGGGAAAGUUGGAGAGCAGGGCAUGGCAGGAUUCAUGGGACCAAUUGGAGAGCUUGGGAAGAUUGGGGAAAAGGGUGAUCGUGGUGAAACAGGUCCUCCAGGUCCUCCAGGAGUUAAGGGAGCAAUGGGUCACCCAGGGCCUCCAGGAGACUUAGGCCCUCCUGGACCAAUUGGACCCCCAGGUGCCAGAGGCAUUCAAGGAUCCCCUGGAUUGAGAGGGAUGAAGGGCCGCAGGGGUGCAAGAGGUUCUGAUGGUCCUACAGGGGAGCCAGGGUCAUCAGGUGUCAAGGGAUCUGUAGGGGACCCUGGGCGUACGGGACCAGAUGGACAGAAGGGGAAAAGUGGAGAAUCAGGAAAACCAGGACCACCCGGAUUUAUAGGUAUAUCAGGACCAUCUGGUCCGCCAGGCAUAAAAGGAGUUCCAGGAGAACCAGGGCCACCUGGACCAGAGGGUGUAAUUGGAAUGCUGGGAGAGAUGGGUCCAAAGGGGUUGCCUGGUCCUUUUGGUGAGCCUGGACUCCCAGGAGAAGUCGGAGAGAAGGGUGCAAUUGGUCCAGCUGGAGUUGCAGGUGAACAAGGACUCAUGGGCCAAAGGGGUGAGCCUGGUCUGGUUGGUGACGAUGGACCCAUAGGAAUUGAUGGGGUCAAGGGCGACAAAGGAGACCCAGGGACAGAAGGGGAUAAAGGAGAGAAGGGGACAGAAGGAUUAAAAGGAAAAGAAGGACCACCAGGAGUACCAGGAAUCACGGGAGUACAAGGACCUGAAGGAAAGCUGGGAAAACCUGGGAUAAGGGGAAUACCUGGCAGAAAGGGUAGCAAAGGACACUUGGGAUAUCUGGGAGAAACUGGACCCCCAGGAGACCAAGGACCUAUAGGAACCCAGGGGCCCAAGGGAUCUCGAGGAACACGAGGAUCUUUGGGUGCUCCUGGUCGAAUGGGAGUUCAGGGUGAACCUGGGUUACCAGGCUAUGAGGGACAUAAAGGACCGCCUGGCCCGAAAGGACCACCUGGUCCCAAAGGUGAAAAGGGUGAACAAGGAGAUGAUGGGAAGGUGGAAGGACCAUCUGGUCCACCUGGUGACAGGGGCCCUGUUGGGGAUCGGGGAGACAGAGGUGAAUCUGGAGAUCCUGGCUAUCCUGGUCAGGAAGGCCUGGAUGGCGAGAGGGGGAAGCCUGGCCAGCAAGGUUUACCAGGUAAUCCUGGACCUCCAGGUCAACCAGGUGUAAAAGGAUCGAAAGGUCAAGAGGGACGAAAAGGAAAAACAGGUGUGCGGGGCAUUCGAGGAAGCCCAGGCCCGCCAGGACCAGUUGGGCCUCCUGGUCCAAGAGGCGUUGUUGGCCGGCAAGGUCAAGAGGGCGCUCCAGGGUUGGAUGGAAUUCCAGGACUCGAUGGCAAACCAGCAAUUACAGGGGAACAGGGAGACGAUGGGAGUGUGGGAUUGAUUGGUGCAUCUGGGGCACGCGGCCGUGUUGGAGUACCCGGACUACCUGGAUCUCAGGGAUCCCCUGGCUUUAAGGGAGAAAGAGGUUUGCGGGGUCAGGCAGGACCACCUGGAAUAAAAGGAACCGAAGGAGGGACUGGACUUCCAGGGAAGAGAGGUGACCCAGGUUCUAAAGGUCAACCGGGAGAUCCCGGAGAGUCUGGCUUCCCUGGGCUGAUGGGAGUGUUUGGACCAAAGGGCCAUCCUGGAGAUGCAGGUUUUACUGGGAUCCAAGGUCCAAAAGGGCCUCCGGGAUUAAUGGGUAAAGAAGGCGUCAUGGGUCCAUUCGGAUUUACAGGUCCUAAGGGGCAUCCAGGUCCAAAAGGUUACAAAGGAAAUCAAGGUGAUUCGGGGCCACAAGGGCCAAAGGGUCCGAUGGGGCCUCGAGGACUCCCUGGACCACCAGGUCUUCCCGGAAUUCAAGACGCACUCAAACAAGAAGAGCUCGGUGCUGCUUUACAAGCUUAUAUUGAAUCAAAAACUACACUCAGGACAGAGAACUAUCAGAAUUCAGACCUACCUUUGAUUGACCAGGGAGCAGAGAUCUUUAAGACUCUACACUACCUCAGUAAUCUUAUCCACAGCAUAAAGAACCCUCUGGGCACCAGGGACAAUCCUGCCCGGGUCUGCCGUGAUCUUAUGAACUGUGAGCAGCGAAUGAAUGAUGGCACUUACUGGAUUGACCCCAACCUUGGUUGUACUUCUGACACAAUUGAAGUAGCCUGUAACUUCACUAAUGGCGGACAAACCUGUCUCAAGCCCAUCACUGUGUCAAAGUUGGAGUUUUCAAUGGGAAGAGUCCAGAUGAACUUUUUGCAUUUGCUGAGCUCCGAGGCAGUCCAACACAUUACCAUUCACUGCCUCAAUGUGCCAGUCUGGACGGAUGGAAGCUCGAACAAGCCAUUUAAACAGGCUGUCAAGUUCAAAUCCUGGAAUGGCCUGGUGCUGGAGGCAGGAGGGCAGUUUAUUCCGAAAGUGCUGCUGGAUGAUUGCCGGAUACAGGAUGGCCGAUGGCAUCAGACUCACUUCAUUUUUCACACACAAGACCCCAAUCAGCUGCCAAUAAUCAGCAUCUCUAACUUACCACAACCAAAACCAGGAAUACAUUAUCACCUAGAGGUCGGGCCUGUCUGCUUUCUCUGAACUCCUGACUGAACAAUCUUUAACCCACAUCAGAGCAUAAUUGGUCUUUAUUAUAUAUUAAAGUAAAGAAAUUGCUGGUAUGAUGUGAAGAUGUCACAUUCUGAUCAGAAAAGGCCAACAAUGGCUUUAAAAAAUAAUAAUAAUUAAGGAAAAUGUUAUCAGACUUGAUUUAAGGAAGAGUUCUUAGCUAAAACAACUAGAAUUGAAAAUCUCCACAAGUAGCCAAAGAAUCUUUCUGCCAUUGUGUUGAGAGAAAUGAGAAAGUCUAUAACUGGGUUGCAGAAAAUCAGUUUUGUGGGGAAAAAAAACCAAAUUGGUUUCCAGUAGCUGUGAAACUACAUCACAAGUCAUGCGCAGCCAAAGGUUAGGAGACUUCUAAAAGAGUGACUAAAUAGCUGGGGGCUACAUGCCUGAUAAGCAUCACCAAUGUGCAAUAGUGGAGGGGAAAGGGGAACUUGUAAGAGUUGUUGAAAUUUUCUAAAUCCAUGAGACUUAAUUUAAUGUGUGAACCAUUAGAGAGUUGGCCUGCAGACCUGCAGACGCUUGGCCCAAUUGACUGGUUUCAGGCAAGGGGAAAUCGGAGAAAAGAAUGGUGCAUUUGCACCAGAUAAUUUUCAAGAUUUAAAACACGGUGCUAAUAGAAUGAGUUUCCCAGGGUGAUUUUCUACCUCUCAUUUCCUGGUACUGGUGCUCACAUUCUCAGAUUUAUUUCCAUGCGUAUGUCAGUUCAGACACAGUGGUGCUAUGCCAUUCCGACAGGACAAACGUGGCUGCCCCGGAUAGCGUUUCUACUUACUGAGUAGGGCGAGAACCCUCAUCCCUAUUUCACCUGCCCACUUCUCCUUACAGAAGUACAAUACCUAUUAACUUAAUUAUGUCCAGAGUGCCUUUAGUAUUUUAAGGGAUAAUUUUAAUUGUGCUUUGGGGAGGGAUGAAAGCAGCCGACCAUUCCUGUGUCACUGACAGUCCUUUUAAAAGAGUAAAGUUGGAAAGUUGUUGAGAGUUAAAGUAUUUUUGAAAGCUAUACUGUUUUUUAAGUUCUUUAUUUUGAAUACUGCUUCUGUUUGUACAGAGUUGCCCUUGAAAGCUGUAAUUAAUAUUUAGGGAAGCUUUAUUAAUUAAAAAGGAACUAGAUCUUUACUGAAAUGGUAGAUUUUCCACCUUUUAAAAUUGUGUAAAAUGUUUCUACGUGCUAUGUUGUAUACAGUGGAUCAAUAUUUUACAGUCUGCUAUUUAAUGUUAUUUAAAUGUUUUAAAAUCAUAGUUAAAAAAAAACAAACGCCUCUCCCUUUUACAGAUGUCUAUGUUUCAAAGUAGAUCUGUCUUUUUUGUAGUUGUAAACAUGUUGCUUCAGCACCCAACUGGUCUUGGAAAGUUGUGUGGAGUUCUUUUGUGGCUUGUUUAAUGUGUAAAUUUGGUGCUUUGAAGAGAAGAAUAUUUCAGUGUUUCAAAUCUAUACGGUAUUAUGCAGAGUUUAAACGUACUGUAUAGGAAAAUGCAUUAAGCGCUUUUUAAUUCAUGGUUAUUUUUUUUACUUUGAAGGAACUAUGUGAAGAAUCUAGAAUUCUAAUACAUUAUUUUAAAUUUAUUUCGUUUAAAAAGAAUCUGAUAAUACAGUUGAAAAGCCAGCCAUCAGAAUACCUCAGAUACAUGUUGGUACCAAUCUGAACACAUUUCAACCUUGUUUGAUUUUAUCUUAAUUUUUCAUUUUUUUACUUUGGGUUUUUUCUAUUCCAUUUGCUUUUCUGUGUGUGUCUGUUGCUGUCUGUGUGUGUCUGUUGCUAUAGAAACAGAUUUGCCAUAAAAUGGUCAUCCGCAGACAACAGUAUCAUUAUUGCCUUAGUUGCAAAUGUUUGAACGUUCUGUACAACGGUUCACUAUUUAGCUGUGAAGUACCUUACUCGGCCUUUGCUAGUCUCAUUCGGGCUUAGACUUCCAUUGUUUGAAAUUAAAAGUUUCUGAAACUUUAUUGAAAUAAAAAUUUCCAACUGAAGCAA